AAGCUCUCAGUAAGCAACAUAAGAUAACUAGGCUGACUUUACCACUAGGUGACGCUAUAGAUAGUUCAGUGGUUGGCGAGGGUCAUAAAAAGAGAAAAGAGCGUUUACUUUGAAUCGAUCCACGAGACUAAAAUAUCACAAAUCAUAUCGGUUAAGUGCGUGUUAGAGUUUAAUUGGUACUUCAUUGGCUAUCGAGAUGCAAGCUCUCCGUCAGUGUUGUGCGUGCGCCUCCCGUUCCGCCCGGACUCCUCCGCAGAGGCCGACGGACAUCUUAUCAUUGCGGACCAACAUGGCCGCGCUCAGGAGAGCCGCGCUCUGUCUCAGUUUCCUGAGGAGCUCUAGUGUCCUCAGCAGCAAGAGAAAGCCUGCAAUCCCGAGGCUCGGCAGAUGGACAGAUGCUGUGCGUACAAGCAUGGCGUAUUUGAGUGUUGGCAGCGGGUUGUGCGCUGUUCCUUUCACACAGCAAGUGGAAAAUCUCUCGCAUGACUCCCUGAUCAGAAGAGCAGCCUCAAUGGUUACAGACAGUGCAAACACUUACCUUUCCCAGACCACCUUGGCCCUUAUAGAUGCCAUCACAACAUAUUCCAAGGCUGUGCACACCCUUGUUGCCCUCCAGAGACGAUAUUUGGCCUCACUGGGAAAGUUGACCCCUGCAGAGGAGGACUCUAUUUGGCAGGUGAUCAUUGGACAGCGUGCAAAAGUUAAUGACAGACUAGAGGAAUGCAAGCGCUUUGAGUCAACCUGGAUAAAUGCAGUCAGCUUGUGUGAAAUGGCAUCCGAGGCAGCGUAUACUUCAGGAGCUGAGCAGGCAUCCAUCACUGCGAGGACAAAUGUUCAGGUGGCCCAGUCACAGAUAGAGGAGGCACGCAAACUGUCAGCGGAUGCAGAUAAGAAGUUGGCUGAGAUUAAAGUUGAGGAAAUCCAAAGGAUGGCUGAAUAUGCAGCCUUCUUAGAGAAGGAUGGUGAGGAGCAUGAGAUUCAUGAGGCUUACUUAAGAGAAGAUUAAAAGGAAAUCAAUGAUUUGGAAAUCGGGGGAAAAAAGAUGAAUAGAAAAGUUAUUUUUUUACUUUCAGGUUUAUGUGAAUUCUGGAGUGCCAGAAAGGUAUAAGGAAUUCUCUGUAAAGGCCAAUUGUUUCCACAACUAUUGCAUUUGACAGAUUAUUUCCAAUCUUGUUCAUUCAUAUUUAUGUUUCUAAAAUGUUUUGACCUUGGUGAAUUACAGUCUUUCACUCACAACAGGAAGAAACAUUUUGUGGAUGCUUUCAAAACGUAGAGGGAGUGGUUGUAUGUUUUUGUAUUGAGGGGGGUGUUGAGAAUGACAUGUUUUUAUAAGGAAUUCUCUGUAAAGGCCAAUUGUUUCCACAACUAUUGCAUUUGACAGAUUAUUUCCAAUCUUGUUCAUUCAUAUUUAUGUGUCUAAAAUGUUUUGACCUUGGUGAAUUACAGUCUUUCACUCACAACAGGAAGAAAUAUUUUGUGGAUGCUUUCAAAACGUAGAGGGAGUGGUUGUAUGUUUUUGUAUUGAGGGGGGUGUUGAGAAUGACAUGUUUUUGAGUUCUUGUGUUUGUGCACUUCCAUCUGUAUCUAUCUCUGCAAUAUUGAAAAAGAAUAAUACAUGGAAGCUACUCAAGCAAAUUUGCAAACAAAUGUGUUUGUAAUUUGGCACUUUCCUGUAAUUUGAUUAUUUAAGACUAUUUAUUUGAUUAGUGAACAGGUUUUGGAGUAUGGGAUAUGAUUAUCUCAGAACUCUCAAGUAUGUUGUAUGGCAGGGACUUAAGCCAAUGUUGAACUAGGAUUCAGAUUUUUUUUGUCAUCUUUUAAGUUUAUGUGUAUUAUGUUUCUUUAUGUAAUAAAGGCACU